AUGUGUCGUACAAAGACAAAGGUCUUCAAUGUGGUGGGGGCACCCAACUCCAUGGACGAUGUCUCCGUGACGACUGUGAUCUGCAGUGAUUGCCGAUACGACGGAGGGAGGCGAAGUUGUUUUACCGGCGCCGACGAUGUAAAUUGCCGGCGGUGUAUUCCUCUUCUGGAUCAAUCACCUCCACCUCCACCUCCUAAAAGGAUACGUCUGGAUCAAUCAGGGUCAUCAUCAGUUAAUCCUUUUAAGACGAAAGUUUGUCUCGUCUUUCGCUGCUCUGGGUAUGAUGAGCCAGACAAGUAUUUCCUCGAGAUAUUGGUUCUGGAUUUAUUAAAAGAUAAGGACGCUGACAUCAUCUCCGGCGCCGGCGAGGAGUUCAAACCGGUAAAACCCACGUUUCGUCUCUUCCCUGAGUGUUUCCCGGCCGAUACUUCCUGCGUCGUGGGAUCCACCCUCUACCUGUUUGACGGAAUUUUUGGUGGAGUAUAUUCUCGUUCGGAAGCUCAUAGGUCCUCAGUUGCUACUGUUGAUUUAUCUCAAUACACUGAUGAUGAUUUUACUUUGGAUUUAAAGGCACCUGCACUGAAAAUAUCCCCUCAUGUCCUGCACCCCAAGUGCCUCCCUAUGGCCGUUCCCACUUCCGAUGGUAAAAUCUUAGUUUUCUCCAGAUAUAUCGAGCUUGAUCGUAAAGCAGUGAACGUGGAUUUCGAGCUGUUUGAUCCUAUAACUUGUGGUUCUUGCCGUGAGCUGCCCCAGUUAGGUCUUAAUGAGAAGAGGUUUCGGGUCCUAGGAUAUACACUACAUGAGCCUACACAUACUUUUUUUCUCCAAACAGAAGAAGGAGACUUCUGUUUGGAUCUUGCUGGUGGAGAAAGAUGGGCACGAGUUGAUGGAUUAUUCGGCAUCCGUAAUCUUCCUUGCAAAGGUCCCCUCUCCAUUACUAGAGAUGCUGAAUUUUGCCUCACUGCUGCUGGCAUCUAUGAUUUGAAGUCCAAAGAUACUAAAUGCCGCUUGUGUAGUUGGUUUGUUUUCGAGCAUCCGCCAACUUUUGGGCCGGGAUUUCGGGCUGCUGCCCCCCUUGACCAUGGUGAUUCUGGAGCUUUGCAUUUCUGCCUUUUACAGACGAAGCUUAACACGAAGCGAAUAUAUUAUGAGACUAUCGAUGCACAGAACGAAAGCCUCACGCACCCUCAGCUCAUUAUACGCGUAUUGCACGCUAAUCUUAAAAAACUGAGGGAUGCUUAUGAAUCCGAUAGUAAAACCAGAAGCAGCCACACUACCGGCCUCGACAUUCUCACUUCAUUGAAGUUUGUCUUAAGUGCCCAUCGAUAUUGGUCCUUCCUUGUUGAGAACAUGUGUGUUAGCGCCGAAGUCUGGUGUGAUUUGAACGUCUGGUGUGAUUUGAGGAUCAGCUACGAUAAUCUUUUGGGCGUGACGAAUUACAUUGCUUCACUUAUCAAGACUGAUAAGGCCGCGUUUGGCUAUGGGUCCUACUUUGCCCUCUCCAUGAUGGAUAGGCACUACCAUAAGGACAUGACAGUUGAGGAGGCUAUUGCUUUGGUCGACGAAAUUCGGAGCAGGCUAGUUGUGGCCCCACCAAACUUCAUUAUCAAAAUUGUUGACAAGGACGACGGGCUCGGGAGUACGCUUGGCCACUACGUUCAGAAUGCCCUUGGAAGUGGCAACAAAUGCGAGAAGGGAGAGCAAGAGGCCAUUGAUUUCUUAGAUAAGAAAAUGAAGAAUGAUCCUGCAUUCUCCUACGAGGAAACUGGGCUUGGUAUAAAAACCUUAUUGUUGGUGAUGAUCCCUAGUAAUUGUUUGCAGAUAGGAUCUUUACUUGAGUCAUCUAAACAAUCCUCGAGUCCACUUUGGGUGCUCCCUGGAGACGUGUCUUUCGGGAAGCAUUGA